UCGCCCCUUCCCCACCCCCUCCUCAGUCUCGGUCCCCGGCGCUGCUCCGGACCACUAUGACCAUGAGAUCCGCAGUGUUCAAGACGGCCGCGGCCCCUGCCGGCGGCAACCCAGAGCAGCGACUGGACUACGAGAGGGCUGCGGCGCUGGGCGGGCCCGAGGACGAACCCGGGGCGGCCGAAGCCCACUUCCUCCCCCGGCACCGUAAGCUCAAGGAGCCGGGGCCUCCGCUGCCCUCCUCCCAGGGCGGGAGUCCCGCGCCCUCUCCGGCCGGCUGCGGCGGCAAGGGCCGGGGCUUGUUACUCCCGGCCGGGGCGGCCCCCGGGCAGCAGGAAGAGAGCUGGGGCGGCUCGGUGCCCUUGCCCUGUCCGCCCCCGGCCACCAAACAAGCCGGCAUUGGGGGGGAGCCAGCAGCAGCCGGAGCCGGCUGCAGUCCCCGACCCAAGUAUCAGGCGGUGCUGCCCAUUCAGACCGGCUCUCUCGUGGCGGCGGCCAAAGAGCCUACGCCCUGGGCUGGGGACAAGGGUGGGGCGGCUCCCCCAGCUGCCACAGCCUCGGACCCGGCGGGACCCCCACCACUACCUCUGCCCGGGCCGCCACCCCUCGCGCCCACCGCCACUGCCGGGACCCUGGCGGCCAGCGAGGGCAGAUGGAAGAGUAUGAGGAAGAGCCCUCUCGGGGGUGGCGGCGGCUCGGGAGCCUCCAGUCAGGCCGCCUGCCUCAAACAGAUACUUCUGCUGCAAUUGGACCUCAUCGAGCAGCAGCAACAGCAGCUGCAGGCCAAGGAAAAGGAGAUCGAGGAGCUGAAGUCAGAGAGAGACACGCUCCUUGCUCGGAUUGAACGUAUGGAAAGGCGGAUGCAGCUGGUAAAGAAGGAUAACGAGAAAGAAAGGCAUAAGCUGUUUCAGGGCUAUGAAACUGAAGAGAGAGAGGAAACCGAGCUAUCUGAGAAAAUUAAACUGGAGUGCCAGCCAGAGCUUUCUGAGACAUCCCAGACUCUGCCUCCCAAGCCUUUUUCAUGUGGGCGGAGUGGAAAGGGACACAAAAGGAAAUCCCCAUUUGGAAGUACAGAAAGAAAGAUUCCUGUUAAAAAGCUGGCUCCUGAAUUUUCAAAAGUCAAAACAAAAACUCCUAAGCACUCUCCCAUUAAAGAGGAACCUUGUGGUUCCUUAUCUGAAACUGUUUGUAAACGUGAAUUGAGGAGCCAAGAAACUCCAGAAAAGACCCGGUCUUCAGUGGACACCCCACCAAGACUCUCCACUCCCCAGAAGGGACCCAGCAUCCAUCCCAAGGAGAAAGCCUUCUCAAGUGAGAUAGAAGAUUUGCCGUACCUUUCCACCACAGAAAUGUAUUUGUGUCGUUGGCACCAGCCUCCCCCAUCACCGUUACCAUUACGGGAAUCCUCUCCAAAGAAGGAGGAGACUGUAGCAAGGUGUCUGAUGCCAUCAAGUGUUGCAGGAGAAACUUCAGUCUUGGCUGUUCCUUCUUGGAGGGACCACUCAGUAGAGCCUCUAAGGGACCCAAAUCCUUCAGACCUUUUGGAGAACCUAGAUGACAGUGUGUUUUCGAAGAGGCAUGCAAAACUGGAGCUGGAUGAAAAGAGAAGGAAAAGAUGGGAUAUUCAGAGGAUCAGGGAACAAAGAAUUUUACAGCGACUGCAGCUCAGAAUGUAUAAAAAGAAAGGAAUUCAGGAAUCUGAGCCUGAGGUUACCUCAUUUUUCCCUGAGCCAGAUGAUGUUGAAAGUUUGAUGAUUACUCCCUUCUUGCCUGUUGUAGCAUUUGGACGACCAUUACCAAAAUUAACUCCACAGAAUUUUGAACUGCCCUGGUUGGAUGAGCGUAGCCGAUGCAGGUUGGAGAUCCAGAAGAAGCAAACACCUCACCGGACGUGUAGGAAAUGACUGUGCUGGCAAGAACCUUCUGUCUUCAGAUAGUUGUAGCAUGCCAUUCCCAGAGAGUGGCAGAGACCUGUAUAUGUGACCUGUGUCCUCAUGUAUGUUAUUCACUGAUAAUGCCCUUCCAUACUCCCUUGAUCUUGGUUUUGUUUUCCUCACUCUGAUUUCACAAAAACUCUUUCAUUGGGCUAAUUGUGAAUUAUAGAGAGUGAUUGGGAUAUCUUUUCCUCUUUUGGGGAAAUGAGCUCUCAAGCUAAAUCUCUAGGGUGGCAGAUUUGGAAGCUUCCAGGGUCUGCUUCUAUACAUUUGCCUAUGUUAAAGGGGUAAAGGGCUCUUUCAUUACACUUGUGGAAGAUAAAGCAUCCCCUGCCUUUAGAUCUGUGCUGCAUGGCACUCUUCUUGCCCUGUUAUACCCUUCCAUAUAGUUUGAGUAUAGUGGUUUUUACCCUAAAACAAAACAAAACAAAAACCUCACCACGAGCUUAAAGACCAGAUGAGGAAUAACAAGUGAAGUGAUGAAACAAGUCAUCUUCACAGGGUAGAAGAGAUUGGAGAGUUGUAGAUAAAUGUCUGAAAAGACAGUUCUCUUAAAACUAUUCUGUGAUAUAGAGAUGUGGGAAGGGAUGUUUGGCUGUGAUUUUUUUUAACUUUUUUUUUUUUUUUUUACUUAAUGGGUAACUGAAUUUCUUCCCCCACCCCUCAAAAAAUAAAAUAUUUGGAAAAGAGAAUGGGGAUGGUUACCUUUGGACAAGUUAUGGCUCUAAACGAAAGCAGUUGACAUUUGGGGAUGGCAUGCCAGAACCUGUAUAGAUGUCCUUGUAUCACAUCACUUCUCAAGUAUUCCUUUGUUGGGCUUUAUCCUUUUAGCUGAGCUCUUGGUGGUGGGAUAGAGAUUUAGGGAGGGUGGGGGGUAUAUGUGGAAAUAUGUGCUUCCUUUGGCUGGCAAAUGUCUAUAUCUUGAAACAAACAGAUAUACCUAAUGAGCUUCUCUAUUUACGUUGUAAAAUCAGAUUUGUAUGUGUACCAUCUUGGUUCCCCACCACCAGUACCACACACACCUCUUUUGUUAAAAAAUGUCAGGCCAGCACUCCAGGCCACUUUGGUCUCAGUGUAAGAUCCCUGUAACUAUCUGGAAGGAAAACAGAGUCAAGACUUCUGGUCUUAAAUAUAUAGGAAUUGCCUUUCUUUAGUCUUCAGGACUAUUGUGUGAAAACAAGUAGGGACCUAAUCUCCUAGAAGAUAGGGACUUUUAUCCUUGAAGAGAAUAUGUCCCCAGCUUAUUAGCACUUUUAGAGGAGAAGCCAAGGUAUGUAGGGUGUGUGGCCGGCCCAUCAGUGGAGCAUGAGAGAAUGGGAUACCAUUGUGGGAAGAAAAGAAAAGUUCCUCAGGGGCCUCCCACUGCUAAAGCUUUUUGUGAGAUGUUGAUCUGUGCUCCCUGGGUUUGACUUUUAAAAGAAUUAUUCCGGCAGCACAUGUAGUAUUCUUGGAUGAUCUUGCUGCUCUUAUUUCUCCUUUUGUGUGUGUGUGUGGCUUUGGGUUUUCAUUUGUAACUCCAUCUGUUUAGGAGAGUGGGCUCUCCACAGGGAACCUGCUGUGAACUCCAUUGCGAGAAUGUAGAGAGAAAUAGGACUUAUUCCACUAGGGGCUCUCAUCUCACACCUUAAGAAGAGGAAGGGGAUUUCUAGAAAAAUGGCCAGAUUUUCUGUUUUCCAUCGUUUUAACAUGGCAAGCUUUCUGGUUUUCUUACUCUGACCUAUGUUAUGUUUCUUUAUAAUGUACCCAAGAAGAAAAAAGACCAAUUAGUGUCUCUUUACUUUGUUCCUUGAUUCCUCUGAGUUUCUUCUUGAUUUUCAGUAUUUUUGUUGGAUUCCCAAAUUUGGAUAUGGGUUAGCAAAUUAAUCUUUUGUUUGUGCCCUACCCAAGGGACUCUCCAGAUUCUGAACUUGAGCUAAAUGAAGAGGAAUCCGUGAGGUGCUAUCUGGCCAGACUUAAGUGGAUUCUAUUUCCUUGGUUCUCCCUCUACCUAGAACCUCUUACUUUAUUGACCCCUCUUCUAGAUCAAUUCUUCUUUCAUUUGGAUAUGCUGAGGUUUGUUUAGGAGUUUGGAGAAUAGAUUAGCAAAGUUCCAAGAGUGAAAUUACAGUGUGUUAAGAGUGUGGGGGGAAAAUUCAUCUUAUUUUUUCCCUACAUGGGGUACAACACUGUGAAAUUCAGUCUUCAACUGAAGGCCCUGCAGUUCUCCUAAAACAUAGUUCUUUGUUUCGUUCUUUAACAAAGUUUAAGCUAGUGUUAAUAAAUUAAAAAGAGAAAUUGCUUGUCUGUCCACUUCAGCUUUGUUUUAAGCCCAUUUCAUAUUGUUGUCUGUGUUGUAAUUCAUACUUUUGAUACCAUUUCUGAUGUGUAAAAUUGGUUGUCUUGUAAAUAUCUUAUAAAGAGUUCAAUUGUAAAUAAACUAUUGUGGCUGUUAAUUUUUGAA